CUCCCUUCCUCACCCCACCCACCGACCCCCCCCCCCCCCGGGGGAGACUACGGUAGAUCUCAGAUCGGAACUCUCAUUGAUCGUUUCUCUCGGGUUAAUAUACGCGGUCGCGAGGACGGAGGAAGCUCGAAUCGGUUCCUUUCUUGCUCAAUUCAGCCAGGGAAGCAUGAAUUACAGCUGUGGAAGACAUUAAUCAUAUGUACUGGAAACAUUUAAAGUCUCUGAUGUCAAGUUCCUCUUGGAGUUUUGGCAGCAAUACAUAUGGGUGUAUGCAUCUGUAGCUAGGAUCUGCAAAUUGAUCAUUGUCAAGUAGUUCUUGUCGGGAAUCUGGCUUAAUAGGUGAAAACAGCACAUGCAUUUUAACUUAAUUGCUUCUUUGAUUUCAUUCUUGCAACUGAAUUCUUCGACUUGCAACUGAGGUAAUUGCUUAUUAUGACAACAAACUUAACACGUCAAAGGAUACAGGAUACUACCAUUUUUCUGUACCUUCUUAUGGAUUCUGGGCUCAAGAUUCUUUCAUGGAAGCAUGAGAUAUGACACAUAUAUUUAAAGUGUGUGAGAAGGUCUUAUGAUCUGUUUCAUCGAGUACUUUUGUCCUUCCACUAAGGCUGUUGUGGUUGGUAUUUUGCAGUCCUGGUGUUUUUAAUAUGGGUGAGCAUUUGUGCUGUGACAAUUUGGGGAAAAGAGCCAUCAGAAAUGCGUUAGCUAGAACUUAUCAUUUCUCUCUCCUCCUUUCUCCUGUUGUUUCCUUUUGGGAUUGCAUUUUUCGUAAAAUCAGAUAUUCCUUCAGACCGGAAUGGGUGUAGGUUUGUGGUAUUAACCUUUCAAGUAGUCUUUAUAUUUCUGGCAAAGAAUAGUUGGGAAGAUUUUUGAAAUUUUAGGUCGAAGCUCUAGAGUGGUUUCAGAAGUCAUCUUGUCUGGGUAUUAGUCAUUUGAAUAAAUAAGCUGAAAUUGACAUCUUAGAGGGAUAAUUAGUCAAUGGAGAAAGUAAAAUGUGGUCAGGUAAGUCCAGUCUUGAAGAAAGGAAAAAAGAAGCAGGCCAAGGGUGAGUUGGAUCGCCUGAAGCAGGCUGAGAAGAAAAAGAGGCGCUUAGAGAAAGCACUUGCAACCUCUGCAGCCAUACGUUCUGAAUUGGAGAAGAAAAAACAGAAGAAGAUAGAAGAACAGCAAAGGUUGGAUGCAGAAGGUGCUGCAAUCGCUGAGUCAGUUGCUCUUCAUGUCCUUGUAGGGGAGGACACAGAUGAAUCCUGUCAUUUCAUGGUGAAGGAUGCUAGUGAACAUAGCCCAUGGGAAUAUUCACAUAGUAUUGAUCAUUUAAUGGGUUAUCAAGGCUUAGCAAAAUAUUCUGGCAAUGGACUGGGGUGGGUAACCGAAGCACAUGUCCCUGCAUGGAAGUGUAACAAUUGGGGGAUCGGACUGCCGUUGCCAUCUCAAUUUCACCUGAAAGAUCUUCGCUCAUCAGCUUAUGAUGAAGCUGGUCGAGGAGCAGAUAUCUCCGCAGGAUUAGAGGCUGCACAGGCUGUUGCAUCACUGCAGAUUGCAGAAGAUUCACAUGGUGCUCGAUUUGAUGGUCAGGGAGCGGCAACUGUUGUUAUUAAUAAACUGCUGGGAGGCAGCAAUACCGGUGACAAAUUCAACAUUUACAGGAAGAUAUAACAUAAUUCUGAUAAGCUUGUAAAUAGCUAUAACAAAUUUCCCCUCGCUCUAGUGAGACUGCAUAUUUCUGUCGAGUUUUGCUCUAUAUCUUGCAAAAUGUUUGUAUUGUGAUAAUGUGUUUGAAAGAGGCUCUCAUUUUUAUGCAGUUUGGUAAUAACUAUAUGUAUAUUGUUACUUGUUCA